GCUUAGGUCCCGGACUAAUUCUUGCCACCACACUGAAUAAUUACAAUUCAACAAACACUCUGGGAGUAAACUGGAUGGCAGCUAAAGGAAGAGUGGAUUCAUAUAUUAUCACUAUAACAGGAGUGGCAUCAAAAACAACACAAACAAAUUCUACGCAAACAAAUUUCACCGGAUUACUGCCCGGCAGCUUAUAUAUAGUCACUGUACAGACAAAUAGCGGGAACUGCAGCCAGACAUCGUCGCCAGUCAUGGAGGCUACUUAUCCCACCCCACCGGGCAUCAUAACCUUUCCUAUGAUAGGAACUAAGAAUGCCACCUUAUCUUGGGGAGAUCCAGUAAAUAUGACGGGAGUGGUGAAGUCAUAUAAUAUCACUUAUUGGAAUUCUUCUUCUCCUUCAAUCAUGUCUGGAACUGUGAGAAGCAACACAACAAAUGUUACCCUUCAAAACCUGAUAUCGGGGACUAAUUACACCAUCUCUGUGGUGACAGUCGGAGCUUUGGGUUAUAAGAGCACAGCUGUGAUUGGAUUGGUCUGUACAAAACCGUUAUCCGUGAAAUCACCACAGAUUGUUGCCAAAACGACCAAUUCUAUGUCCCUGACCUGGACACAACCAGACGAGUAUCAGAGCUCAUACAGCUACAGGGUGCAGACCAUUGUAAUCUCAUCAUCUACACUGAUAAAUAAUACAAUAGUGAGCGGUGCAUCGGCUACAAUAGGAUAUCUGACAGCGGGAGAGACGUAUACAUUCACUGUAUAUACAAUAUCUACCUGUAACUCCACUGAAUCAGACCCUACGUCUAUAACUGACUGCACCCUUCCCGGACAAGUUGUCGGUGCCGCUGCAAACAGUUACACGUCGGUGAAUUCUCUGUUUGUGAACUGGACGGCGCCACAAGGAAAAAUGUCUAAUUAUACCGUCACUAUAACAGAAGACAUCAAUAGCACAAUACAGACUCUCACAAUACAGCCUAACACUAUGCCAGUAAAUGUUACUGGAUUAUUACCGGGAAGAGUCUACAAUGUAACAAUAGUGACAGUCAGCAGUUCCUGCAGCCAGGCGGCCCCUUCGCUGUCACAGGCUACAUAUCCCACCCCACCGGGCAGCAUAACCUUUCCUAUGAUAGGAACUGAGAAUGUCACCUUAUCUUGGGGAGAUCCAGUAAAUAUGACCGGAGUGGUGAAGUCAUAUAAUAUCAUUUAUAGGAAUUCUUCUUCUCCUUCAAUCAUUGCUGGAAAUGUGACAAGCGACACAACAUCUGUCACCCUUCAAAACAUAAUAUCGGGGACUAAUUACACCAUCUCUGUGGUGACAGUCGGAGUUUGGGGGUAUCAGACCACGGCUGUGAUUGGAUCGGUCUGUACAAAACCGUUAUCUGUGAAAUCACCGCAGAUUGGAGCCAAAACUACCAAUUCUAUGUCCCUGACCUGGACACAACCAGACGAGUAUCAGAGCUCAUACACCUACAGGGUGCAGACCAAUGUAACCUCAUCAUCUGAAAUGAUAAAUAAUAUAAUAGUGAGCGGUGCAUCGGCUACAAUAGGAAAUCUGACAGCGGGAGAGACGUAUACAUUCCUGAUUUAUACAAUAUCUGCCUGUAACAUACAAUCAGACCCCACAUCUAUAACUGACUGCACCCUUCCCGGACAAGUUGUCGGUGCCGCAGCAAACAGUUACAUGUCGGUGAAUUCUCUGUUUGUGAACUGGACGGCGCCACAAGGAAAAGUGUCUAAUUAUACCGUCACUAUAACAGAAGACAUCAAUAACACAAUACAGACUCUCACAAUACAGCCUAACACUAUGCCAGUAAAUGUUACUGGAUUAUUACCAGGAAGAGUCUACAAUGUAACAAUAGUGACAGUCAGCAGUUCCUGCAGCCAGGUGGCCCCUUCGCUGUCACAGGCUACAUAUCCCACCCCACCGGGCAGCAUAACCUUUACUAUGGUAGGAACUAAGAAUGUCACCUUAUCUUGGGGAGAGCCAGUAAAUAUGGGCGGAGUGGUGAAGUCAUAUAAUAUCACUUAUUGGAAUUCUUCUUCUCCUUCAAUCAUUGCUGGAAAUGUGACAAGCGACACAACAUCUGUCACCCUUCAAAACUUAAUAUCGGGGACUAAUUAUACCAUCUCUGUGGUGACAGUCGGAGUCUGGGGGUAUCAGAGCACGUCUGUGAUUGGAUCGGUCUGUACAAUUCCUGGGCAAGCUUUAGCCAUCACAGUAAACAAUUACGAGUCGGUGGAUUCUCUGGUAGUAAACUGGACAGCGCCAGCGGGAAAAGUGUCCAAAUAUGUUGUCAGUAUAAUUGGUGAUGUAAAUGGAACUCAAGAAACAAAUUCUCUAUCGGUGACUUUCUUAAAAUUGCUACCAGGCAGAAGUUAUAUGAUCACCAUACAGACUUUCAGUGGGGACUCCGCCAAUACAGCCCCACCAGUGACUGAGGCCACAUAUCCAACUCCUCCACAAUCUCUGAAUUUUAAUAGUGUUGGUUCAGACAGCAUCACAAUAUCUUGGGAAGACCCAGCAAAUAUGACCGGCCUGGCACUGUCCUAUAAUAUUAUUUGGAAUUCUACUUCCAUCAGUGGAACUGUUAUAAGCAAUGCACCAACUGUCACCCUGCAGAGCCUGGCACCUGCGACUAAUUACACCAUUACUGUGAUCACAGUCGGAGCCCGGGGGUAUCAGAGCACGCCUGUUACUGGAUGGAUAUUCACAAGUCCUCUGGAGCAGCCGGGCGGUAUAAAGGUUGUUCGCUCAACAUCUGGAGAUGCUAUGGAUGUCACCUUCCAAGGGUUCGAUACCUCAAACGGACCAAUAGUGGCUUAUGCCAUCAUUGUGACGACUGACCUGAAUGCCAACAAGUCACCUGAAGGGGUUUUAGCUAAGACAUACAAUGACUUCAAGAAUGGGACAACCAAGACUUACGUGACCUCCAUAAUUGAGCAAAAAUCACAGAGAGUUUCACGAUCCAGUGAGAUAGGUGCACAUGUGGGGGAUGGGUCUGAAUCACAUGGAUACGUCAAUGGACCAUUGGACUCAACGUUACAGUACAGGGUGAGUGUUGCAGGCUUUACUCGAGUAAAUUAUGACCCCACCAUAGGCACCAUCAAUGAGGAUCAAUCAACAGCGACUAUCACCAGCUUCUCUGGAUCUCCUUCCGUAACUACUACUACUGCUACCACUACAACAAAAGCCACCUCUGCCAGCACAAAGCCAAGCUAUACAAAUGCUACUGUAACAACAUCUAAUACAGGCACACACCAUGGGCAACACAUUUGUUGUCUACCCCUUUCAUAUUUUCAACUCAUGAUAUUCGUGCUUUAUUCUUUCAUUUAUAGAUGAAGUGGAACUCAUAUUACCAACUGAAUAAAGGUCUCAUGAGCAAAGCUUAUCAAAGCAUGUGAAAAGUAUAUCAGUAUUCCGAUAAUGAAUUCUAAUCAUCUGUUUUUUGUUUGUUUUUUUUGUUUUAUUUUUUUACUUUUGUUGUUAUAAAGGUUACACCAUGCUUUCAUAUGCCUUUUUUUUUGUGACUGAGGUACAUCGAUGACAUACUGGCACUGUAGACUUAAAUCUGAACAGGAAC